ACAUCAACAAACAACAUCAACAAACAACAAAGCCACACAACUGAGCAUGCUUCGCACCUUAUUCAGACCUGUUUCGCUUACACAGACGCGGAGCACACUGGUACAGUCUGCCAGAUUGCAAUCUACAAAGACCACCUCUCAAACUCGGAACGCAAAGAAUGCUCUUGCAACCAAAGUGGCGAAACAAAAGAAGACUAACAAUCUCGAUUACAAUGCGCUGAGUAACCACAACCUGCAAAACCCUUCAAAGGCGGAGAACAAAGUUAGAGUGAAGAAGGACUACUCUGCUCUACCAAGAGCUCCUACAACGCAUCAUCUGAACCCACAGAAGCUGAUGAUUGAUUCGUUUUAUGCUGGGUACAGACCAUUGGCGAUGAAGUCAUUACAGCCAAACAUGGACUCACGGAAGAAGAAGGCGUCGUUGUUUGACCUAGGGAUCCAGGACAGCGCCAUGUGGUCCUACUCGGCAGCUGGGCUAGAGGCGUUCCCUGAGUGGGACACCAUACCGUAUGAGGAGUACAAAGAUCUCAAACCGUUUAGCCCACCAUCAAAGCAUAAGAAGAGUAAGCUUGAAAGAGCAGUGGAGAAAGUCAGGGCUAUGGAGUUGGAAGCUGAGAAGGAGACCAAGACUAAAGUGAAAAGAGGUAGAAAGAGACCUAUAAACGUCUUCAAAACGAAGAAGAUAUUAUGAUUCACCACUACUAUACUUGCAUAAUGUCAUCACUCACAUUUCUUGUUCCAUUAUUCCAUCACUGUACAUAGUUGACAUUUGUCUUUUAUUAAAACGAGGUUUGUUUGUUGUUUUAUCAUAUGUUUUAGAUAUUAUAUAUUAUAAAUAUCAAUGUUUCAUGACUGUUAUCCCCCAUCA